UCCCGCCAAGGGAAGUUGACAAGAAGAACGAGAAAGACUUGAGAGAAUUGUAUGUGAAGUGCGGUGCAGAAUGUCGAUGAAAAAUGCUCACAGACUCUUCCUAAGGACGUUAAUGUCACGUCAGUUCAUGAAAGAGGGCGAGAUAAAGACUAUUUAUCAAAAAUCUUGCGAAGCUUAUGAUGAGGACUGUUCCGACGAUCAAUUCCAGGGAUUUAUCAACACAGUAAAUAGAAGUCUAAAGCCGUUGUUUCUUGAGAUAAGACACGUAGUUUCAGAAGAUAAUGGAGUGCUUUACUUUGGACUGAUAAACACAACGGAAGAUGAACAUUCUAAGAUGGCUACUGAUUAUUCACCAAAUGAUAUAACAUUAUUUAAAAAAGCUAUUGAUUUAAUUAUUAAUUCUGACGAUGGGACUGUUUCAUCGUUGGACCUGAUAAACUGUGCUGCAGACCUUGAAAAGAAAAUGGCUUGCUCUUAUACAGAAAAACUUCUUGAAAGACUUGUACUUGAUAAAUGGAUGGAUGAGUCUUCAGGUAUUUACUCUCUUGGAGGAAGAGCAAUGCUAGAAUUGGAGCAGUACCUAAGGAGAGUCUAUGAAGAUGAUAUAGUGGAGUGUAUGAUGUGCAAGAAGAUUGCCCUUAAGUGUCAAACAUGCGAACAGUGUGAAGGAAAACUCCACAAGCAUUGUGCUGGAAAAUAUUUUGCAGGAAGAGCACAGCAUAUGUGUCCCAACAAAAACUGUGGUGCUCCUUGGACUCAUGAUGUUCCUGUAUUGCCAUCAUCAAGAUCAAAUGUUACUAGCAAAGGUAAAGGUCCAGCUUCAAGUACUGUUGGUCCCACAUCUCACAGAUCAAGGAGAUCUAGGUAGUAUUACUAUACAUUAGAAAUAGAUUUACUAUUAUAGUAAUGCAUGACGAUAGAAUUAUACAUAUAAUUAUUAUAUAAUUUCAUAUUGUUUCUGUUCCACUGAUUAAGAUCUGUGGGUUAUUCCUAUUCAUAGAAAUACCUUAAAAUUCACUCCAAUUUAUUUUUGUCUAACCGUUAUUCCAUCUGAUUGCUAUUAUUUAUCAAGCACCAUUCCUGCUGACCUGCAAAAGUCUUGCAAAUCCACUAAGUUGUCAGUAAAUAUUAUUUUGUAUUUGUUCAGAAAACCUUUUUUAAAGAUGUGCCAAAAGUCAGGUAAUUUUUUAGUCAGAGAAUACAAAAAAAAAACGUUUUUUAGAAAUUGGGAUUCCUCUGGAAUUAUGCUAUAGGAGAUAAUGACUACCUGGUUGUGACUUUGGUUGCUCUGAAGUCAGUGAAAAAUGAAGUAUUGUUAGUGAAAUAUCAGGAAAAUGUGAGUAAUUUUUAUUCAUCAGGAAAGUUGGAACCCUAAGUGUAUUAUGAAGUAAAGGAAAUACCUAUUUGAAGUUUUUAGUUAAUAACUUUUGUAGCUUCUC